GACAGUUUCGUGCAUCCAGCUGUAGCACAUUUUUAGCGAGGGCACUUGGUUCCUCAUGCGGCGGAGUGGCCGCGCGAGAGUCAUCGGUCCGUCGGCGUCGCUGAAUCUGGCCACGCAUGCACUCUUGGCGACGCCGACCCCGCCACACCUCACGUCGCAGCGCUCGCUCAGUCCCAAGUCCAAAAAGCAUCUGUCCCAUCAUCAGCACAGUCAAUCUCCGCAGCAUCCGUCGGGGCAUGCGCUGUUCACCCAUACGUCUGCAUCUCAAGGUGAUGGGAUGAUGCGGCAUGCCAAUCCCCUCGAGACACACGGACUCUUUCUUGGCAGCGACGACAACGACGACGACGACGAUAGGCGCUCGGCGGCCGCCGCGACCCAGCAUCACUUUUUCCGGCUCCUCAUGUCGCGCACGCGCAGUGUGGCCGAGAACGAAGACCUUCAGGACUGGCUGCUGCAGACAUAUAACGCCGCGUACCUGACUCUGAUGGCGCUGAGCCACGGGAACCCGCAGUUCUUUCGCAACCUGCUCUAUUCUGUGACGGUCGUGUCGCGCGGCGCCGCCGACUUUGUCGUCCGGCAAGACGAGACGCCCACUGGCUCCGUGUUCAUUGUCAUGACAGGGCAGUGCACAGAGAUGAUUCGACGCCAUCGGUUCAAUCUCACCACUUGCACGAGUUCAAACACAUCAUCCCUUCGACAGAAACCCGCCACGUCACACGACGUUGACGACCUUACGUGGCGCACGCUGCACCCUGGCGACCUCUUUGGCCUUGAAUCCAUCUACUUUCAAUUCCCAUUCCAUUACAUUUCGCUGCGCGCGGACGGCUGUGUCGAGCGCAACCGCAUCGGCGUGUCGACGCUGCACCCCACGCAUCUCUUGGUCCUUCCGACCUACCCCCAGGACAAGACGUCGAUAUCCACGAGCUUUCGAUCGCCAUCACCGAUGGACGCCGCACCCGCCAUGUCGUCGAGCCGACUCGCCGCUGCGUUUCUCGCGCAAACAUUCCUCUUGCACUCGCUGCCCCAGGCAUCGAUUGAGUUUUUGGCAUCGCAUGUGACACCGCUCCAAGUGACCAAGGACGAAUACCUGUACACGGCAGGCCAGCCGCCGUCGAUUUACUUUGUCCUUGCCGGCGAGCUCCGAGUGUACACUGUCGAGGACGUGGUCGUGACCACCGACGGCGAAAGCGAGGUCCAUCCCACCUCCUACCACUACCUAAUAAUGGCUCGAGGGGGGACUGCCACGUCAUACUACUACACAUGUGUGUCAUGUCUGAAUUGUCAUUGGUCGACUUGUAGGUCGUUACGCGGCGCGUGGAGCUGCAGAUUCUCAAAGCGUUCGACUGCUCUGGUCUGGCAGAGGUGUGUCUGAACCACUCGGGGUUUCUAAACUAUUGCGUGGCCACCGCGGACGCCGCCGUGUACAUUUUGCCCACGUACGCCUUGUUUGCAGUCGUCAAGACCGGCAUGCCCAUACUCACCGUGUUCGUCGAGUACUUUACGAGGCAGCGCAACUGGUACCAGCUUAGACGGUUCACAGCCUUGAACCAUUACAACAAACGGAUCGAUUAUAGGUUGACGCCAGGCAUGCAGCGCAAAGGACCAAUCCCGUGCCCGCGGUGUGGCCUUCCCGGGCACAUGAGCGACUCGCUCGUGUGCCAGCACACGGCGCACGCCGACUUGCUGGACGACCACUCGACCGCCCCCACGCGCCGGCAGACGUCUGCGCGGAACGUCUUUCUCCACCGCCGCAUCAUCGCCUCGGAGCGCGACAUCAUGCUGGACGAGUCGGGGCUCCAGCUCGAGCUCAACGACGCCGACGGCGCCGGCUCCAUCCACAAGGCCAUGCGACGGAUGGACCGAGCCCUGGGGCUGCUCGUGCCGUCCCAGACGUUCCACACCCGCAGGUCGUCCAAGGUGGAGCCGCCGCCGCUUCUCACCAACUCGCCGUCCACCCCCAAGACCCUGCCGACCAUGAACUCUCGCUCCAGGGUCAAGCUCAAGCUGCCUGCACGGGACCGACAACUCGUGGACGUUUGAGUAUUCCUACCGCCAUAUAUGAACGUUGAUACUAUGAAGCCAUAUAUGCGUGACCUUCCUUACUGUGCAACACAAUCAUGCUAUUACUAGUAAUACAGUAUAGCAUGAACUUCCAGUGAAGUUAGUAUUUAUUUCUGUG